AUGCCCUCUUCCGUAUUGCCGUAUAAAGUCGUCGCUACUGACCUUGACGGCACAUUACUUAACCCGGAUCACCUUGUCUCGGAGUAUACCCUUCGUGUCAUCGAGGCCUUGGGCGAGAGGGGUGUACCUGUCAUAUUCGCGACGGGACGUCACCACAGCGACGUCCUGGAAACAAGGAGGAAACUGAGACUCAAGGGGUAUGUGAUUACCUCAAACGGUGCGCGCGUGCAUGACCCGCAGGGUCGUGUUAUUUUGGAAAAAGACAUUGAACCUGCGAUUGCAAGAGAACUGGCUCUAGCAGCUGCUAAUGAUGCAGAUGUUGUGACGAGCGUUUACCGCUCUGACUCGUGGCUUAUGAACAAACACGCCAAGGAUCUUACUGAGUACUACCAGUCUAACCGUGACGUCUUUUACUACCAAAUCUUUGAUCCCACCACACAGGACUACGACAGCGUUUAUAAGGUGUAUUACACCUCUGAUCGUCGGGAAUGUCUGGAGAUGUUGUCGGUCAAAAUAAAUGCCGCUUACGGAGACAAGGUGUCCACUACUUUCUCCCUGACAAACUGCUUGGAGGUUAUGCGAAAGGGGGUAAACAAAGGUGUUACGCUACGAGAAGUUGUGGGUAUGUUGCUGGGCAACGCUCCAAAAAAUACCAAUGGGGAUGCAACAUUGACAAUCAAGGACUGCAUCGCCUUUGGUGACGGCAUGAAUGAUCUUGAAAUGCUCUGUAUGGUGGAGAAGGGCUGCCUGAUGAAAAAUGCGCAGCAGGAUUUGUUAAAGAUGGCGCCUCCACACCUGGAGAGAAUCGGCGCGAACUCCGAGGAUGGCGUAGCAAGGCAUUUGGCGAGUGUGUUUUGCUUGGACCUGGGUGAAUGA